CCUUGUCGCAGAUGAACCGGGACCAGCUUCAGAAGUUUGUACAGUACUUGAUCAGUGCCCACCAUACAGAGGUGCUGCCGACGGCUCAAAGGCUUGCUGAUGAGAUUCUGUUGCUUGGCUCUGAGAUAAACCGAGUACAUGUUGAGCUGCAGAUGGGCAAGAGUGGCUGCUGAAAAAGAAUUCAGAAUUUCUUGGCCGUGAGUAAGGCCAAAAAUCUGCUUCACCAAGGUGCCCCUGACCCUACAGCUGGUGCUGGAAUUGAGGAUGCAAACUGCUGGCACUUGGAUGAGGAGCAGAUCCAAGAGCAAGUGAAGCAGCUUCUCUCAAAUGGAGGUUACUAUGGGGCAAGCAAACAGCUGCAGUCCAUGUUCAAUAAGGUAAAGGCUCCUGCUUGUCUAUAGCUGGGUGGAAGGUGGGACCUCUAGCUUGUGGAAAGAUCUUGUCUUCGCAGGUCCUUCACGCCUUCAUCCUGACCAGUAGAAGAAUUGGUACUGUUUCCAGACACUGAUCAGAGAUGGUGAAAAUUCCUGUUUCAGCUUUCAUUCAGGGCCCUUGGGGAUGUUUCCCCCAUCUAGACAUCCAGUUCAUGCUAAGGCAGAAUUGUGGAAAAAUAUUAGGGUUGCUGGUAACUGGGGAUAUGAGAUGAUGUGUGCAAAAUGAACUGACUGCUUUGAACAGUAGCAUCACUGCCGACUGCACUGGAUGACACCUCAUUGGGGCAGUUGCUCACCAUUCAUCUAAAGAUCCACUUUACACCACCCCCUCCCCCUGGUAGAACACUUCUGCUGUCUGUCCAUUGCAGCCACUAAGGGUGAGGGUAUUAAUGCCACCUAGUAGCCCCUUCCAGGCUGGGCUGGGAAAGGGACGUGGUGGCAGUGAUGGCCACACACUCCUUUCCUUCUGGGGAAGGGGAGAGGAGCAGUGUAUGGCUACCAUUAUUGCCAACACUGCCUACACUUUCCCCAGACAGCAGCUCUGCUAGACCUGGAAGUGACUGCUGGGUGGCAGCAGCACAUCACCCUCACCAGUGACUGCAGCAGACGGAUGGCAAAGGUGCUGGAAGAGAGAGGAAGGUGGCUGGAAGGGAUGCCAGGCAGCUGAGUAGGGUUGGGGAGGGUGGUGUUGUGGACAGGUUGGGAGGGCAGAUGCUACCACGUUUCCUUUCACUGCCCCCUCCCCUACUCUCUCCCCACGGUUGCUUAUCCUGACCAUGGGGGGAGGAAGAAUUCUACCUGGGGUGUGUGUCUGUUUCUGGGUGUCAGUCCAGGUAGAGCUGUUGCAAGGGCAGUAGCAGUGGUGGCAUCCCUCUCCUUUUCCAUGCCCCUCCCUCUUUCCCUUCUUCAGGGCUGGGAGUGUCAGUCCUGUUCCCCUCCUGCCAUAUCUUUGUUCCAUGGGAAGAGGGAGGCAACUAAGACCAGAACCCUUCCUCUGCCAGCAGCUUCCACUCACCGGAGCUGUGGGGUGGCUGCCUGCCUUAAGGGUGACACCAUGAGUUACUGCACUGGGGGGACGUCUACCCUAGUGAUGCCACUGUCCUUCCUCACAGUGAGAACAGGGAAAUGAGCUAUGUGAUUUGGUGGCAAGUAGGAUUUAAGAUCAACAGAGCUUGGAAGAGUUGGAGCUUGAACUGCUGCAUCCUCUGGAGCUUUUCAUUCUCUCUGCCUGGUUGGAGGAAGUUGCUCCAAAUAGUGCUGAGGCAAGCAUGGUGGAGAGGCCCAAGAUGUUCAUUCUUCCUUCAUGGGUAUGCAGUUUUGGCAGACAAGGGGUAUACAUGUUAUGUUGAGAUUCUUGAAUCUUUUGAAUCAUGGUAUCUCCUUCCCCAGGUGCGAGAAAUGCUAAGAAUGCGAGACUCAAAUGGGGCACGAAUGCUCAUCCUGAUGACAGAGCAGUUCCUGCAGGAUCCACGCCUAGCACUUUGGCGGCAGCAAGGAGCUGGCAUGACUGACAAGUGCCGGCAGCUCUGGGAUGAACUAGGAGCACUAUGGGUAUGUGUGGUGCUUAGCCCCCACUGCAAGUUGGAAGAGCGGGCUCUUUGGCUGCAACUUCUCAAGAAGUGGAACAAGCUGGAUGUCUGUCCCUUGGAGGAGGGUAACUACUCCUGCGACAGUGUCGGACCUAACAGCACCUUGCCCUCUAACCCAAACCGCAUCACAGCUGGCAUUCGGCAGACAGUUUUUGGACGUGCCAUCAAGGCUGCAGAGCUUCGCUGGGGUGAUUGUCACCUGCAGAAGAUCCUGAGCAGUGACUGCUAUGGUGUCUCUUUGAAAAGUGGAAGCGACAAGCUGGGCUUUGAUCCCCAGGGCCAUCCACUCUGGCUGGGAGAUGCUUUCCCCAUGGCCUGUGCUCGAGUGGAUGCCUUACGCUCCCAUGGCUACCCUCGUGAGGCCUUGCGCCUGGCAGUGGCUGUUGUCAAUGCCAUGCGUUUGCAGCGACGUCAUCAGCUGGAGAGCUACAAGCAGCAGAAAAAAGAACUCCUGCACAAAGGGACAACUAGCAUUACCAACCUAGAGGGAUGGGUAGGACAUCCUCUGGACCCUAUUGGUUGCCUCUGCCGCACCUUUUUGGAGGCCUGCCGGACAGAUGAUGAAGGACUGGCCCUAUAUCCAGACUCCACAGCAGAGCCUAAGAAGGCCCUCUAUCAGCACAUUCCUGUACCCUCGAGUCCUGGUGAGUCGUACUUCAUGCUGGCCUUAGAGGUGUCACUUCUGGGGCUUGGACAGCAGAGGUCCAUGCCGGAGGGGCUGUAUGCUCAGGAUAAGGUGGUGCGCAGUGAGGAGCAGCUGAUUAGCCUCCUGGAGGAGAUGGAGCUGGACGAGCGACUGGUACCAGUGCUCCGCAAACAAGCAGCUUUGCUCCUGGAUGGAGGUCCCUUCAGCGGAUUUGGGGAGGUUGUGUUCCGUGAGAGUGUUCCCAUGCACACAUUUGCCCGCUACCUCUUCACAGCCAUACUGCCCUAUGAUCCUGAGUUGGCCUACCGCUUGGCACUGAGAGCCAUGAGGCUUCCCGUGUUGGAAACAGUAUUGCCAGCCAGUGACAUCCUGCACCAGAACCCCUUGGACUCUAUGAUGGCCAACCGCUUUCCCCGCUGGUUUAUUCUUGGUCACCUAGAAACUCGGCAGUGCGAGCUGGCAUCGGCCAUGCUCACUGCUGCUAAAGGUGACCCCAAUUGGCUGCGCAUGGUCUUGGGCUCCAUCCAGCAAAACAUUCAUUCUCCAGCAUUGCUGUUCAAGCUGGCUCAAGAUGCCUGCAAGACGGCCACUCCUGCCAACACUCCUCCAGACACUACCUUGUUGAACAUCUCCCUGGAGCUUGGCCUGCAGGUAAUGCGGAUGACACUAAACACCAUGACCUGGCGUCGCAGGGAAAUGGUGCGCUGGCUGGUCAGCUGUGCCACUGAGAUAGGUGUCCAAGCCUUGAUGAACAUCAUGCAGAACUGGUACACACUAUUCACACCCAUCGAGGCAACAACCAUUGUGGCUGUGACAGGCACCACACACGCCACACUGCUGAGGCUGAGCCUGAGCUCAGCACAACGGGACGAGCUGUGUACCUGUGCCCGGACACUGGCACUGCAGUGCGCCAUGAAGGAUCCCCAAAAUUGCGCAUUGCCUGCUCUGACUCUCUGUGAAAAGAACCACGCAGCCUUUGAGGCAGCUUACCAGAUUGUGCUGGAUUCAGCGGCCUCUGCUGGCAUGGGCCACUCUCACCUCUUCACUGUGGCCCGGUACAUGGAGCAUCGUGGGCUGCCUGUGCGUGCCUACAAGCUGGCCACCCUGGCCUUCUCGCACCUCAGCAUUGCCUUCAACCAGGACACCCACCCUGCCCUCAAUGACGUCCUUUGGGCCUGCUCCCUUAGCCAGUCACUGGGGAAGAACGAGCUGGCUGCCAUAGUCCCCCUGGUCAUCAAAAGUGUACAGUGUGCCCCGAUGCUGUCGGACAUCUUGCACCGUUGGAGCCUUCCACCCCCAGCCCUUGCUUCCCUGGGUGGGGGACGCCGGGGGACUAGCAGUGCUGGUGCCGGAGGGAAGCUGUUUGCCAUGGACAAGGCCCCGCUUUGCCAACUCUUGGAAGCAGCCAUGGCAGCCUACAUCAGUACCACCCACUCACGCCUCACCCACAUCAGUCCCCGGCACUAUGGAGAGUUCAUCGAGUUUCUUGGCAAAGCCCGCGAGACUUUCCUCAUGGCUCACGAUGGGCACAGGCGUUUUGGGCAGUUCCUUGACAACCUCAAACAGACCUACAAGGGCAAGAAGAAAUUGAUGUUACUUGUGAGGGAGCGCUUUGGCUAGGGGGCUGUUAGGGGAGGGAAGGCUUUGGCUAAAGGGGGGUGGGCAGUCAGAGGGAUUUUUCUCCUCUCCUCCCUUGGAUCAGAAGCACUUUGGCUUGGAGUGCAGAGCAGAAAGAUCUGUUCCUUGCACUCGUGCUUUGGGUACGUGGCCAGGUGGAAUUUGAAUUUCUGUCUGGAUUCCAAAACCCUUUGUUGGUUGAAGGAAGAGCAGCAAGACCUCUCGCCUCCCGUUGGCAAUGAUGCUCCGGUACUGUAAAACUGAGCAGACAGCUCUGCGCUUCAGCUGGGGUUCAGGAUGGAGCCCUGCAGAAUGGAGGUCCAGGGGUGUGUGGGGGUUCUGCAACACCUGGGCCAGGAACAGACUCCGUUCAAGGUUUGAAGCACCAGCCCUGUUGGUGGGGCAGGAAGGAACUUGGCCUGCGCUUUUGGUUGCAGGAGUUGCCAAUUUCAGUAUUAACUUGCAGGAUGACGAGGAAUUCCCCUUACACCCACACACACUUUGGUUGAAUGCCCCAGGCCUUGGCAGGCUCUUGCAAGUGUUGGGGUAUCCCGUCCUGUGGAAUUUCACAGCUGCUGUCCCAAUUUCAUAUUUCAAGACCAGUGAUGAUGAUGGUGGUGGCGGUGAUGGUUGCGAUUGCUUUGGUCUCAUUUAUGUAAGUUAGGGUGGUUAUGCACCUCCUCCUCCCUACUUAGAGUCCUGUAAGUUGCUUCUGCCCCUCAUCUGCAGUAUCUCCGUAGCCUCAAUGUUCUUUGCAUCUGAAAUACCAAACCUGUGUUGAAGCUUGUAAGUGCAGAAGGGGCAGGGAGAUGAGUUGUCCCUGGAUCCAUCUUUGCACUGACAGCAUUCAAGUACCUGUGCCUUUGUGCUGAAAGCACCUGGUACAGAAGCUCCAUAGUCUGAGGGUUUGCUCUCAUUGGCUGGGCUGCCUCAGCCUGGUUUUCCUUAAACAGAACUGGUGUGUUGGAACCACUUCCUGCUGGAUGAUCCUGCUAAUGUCAGUCUGUUGGUGGCAGAUGGGAUAUUUUAGGGAGUGUAUGGACCAGAGGCACUGAGCCAGAAAUAUAAUGGGACGGUACCUGUGGAAGAGACCAGGAGGGCACUGGGCCCAAUCCUCAGCCUGGUUCCCCCACCACACAAAGGCAUGCAUGUUAACUCCCACAAUGCCAACUACAACCUGUAUUCCAACUGGCUUUUCUGUGCAGUCACCCAUUCUUCUAGCUCUGCUGUGCAGUUGAGGACCAUGCUGUUUUCCUACUUCUUCCAGGCAUAUCUUCCCAUAGCCCCUCCCAAAUCUGUCAGUAUUUCUGCUUUCCUUGGGCUGUGCUCUUGGGUCGCAAACUGUUUACAGACCCUCUUUGCAGUGUGGUUGGGAGCACUGUGUGUGGGGAAGGACCAAGGGCACUUUGAGGGGCCAGCGGCCUUGUCUGUUGUCAUCCCCCUUUCCCUAUUCCCCCCCCCCAUUUAAUGCCCCUCAGACUCCUACAACUGAAGGAUUCCCACUCUCUGCCAGUAUAGAAUUCUGGAGCUGCUGGUGGGUAGACAGCUCUCAUACCUCAAACCUCUUUCCCUCCUUUUUCAGACCAUGACAGGGCUACGAGAUGGCCAGGCCUGCCACCAGAGACAUUUUGCCAUGCGCCAGGUUGCUGACACAUGAGAGCCAAGGAGUGCCACCCCCACCACUACUCUGUGGUGUUUCCUGGGAGGAUCUUGUGCCUUGGGUCUCUUGGGUUAUAGUCCACUUUGUCAGCACUUACAAAAUUUUGCUGCCCAAGGCAGAUUUGGGCCUGCAUAGUUUUCUGUGGAGGAAGCAGGGGAGUUCUAUGUGGCCACUGGCGGGGUGCUGAACAAUAUUUCCAGAAACAUCCCGCUCCAAAUUCCCUUUUUUUUUCUGCUGGAUAAAAUCUACUCAGGAACAAACCACAACAAACUCAUGCUACUAAUUAGAAUAUUGUGAAGACAUGAUAAUGUUUUAAAAAGUUAAUAUAUAUGAAGAGGCAAGGGGUCCAAGCGGGUCUCCCUUUUUGUGCGCAUGGGGCUGUGGGGUGGGUGGGCUACGUCCCGAGCUCAACUCCUCUUGGCCCUUAGUGUUGGUGGAGAUGUUGGUGUGUUGCACAGCUCCACUUUGGAGCCAGCUAGUCAGUUAGUUUUAAAGUUUGGGGUUUUAUUUCUUUGUUUUCUUGUAUUACAAAACAAAAAUCCUGUAAUUUUGUAAUUUUUUUCUAUUUAUUGAAUCAUUUAUUGUAUUAUUUUGUAAAAGGAUUAACAUAAACCUCAACAUUUGGUUUUUUCCCCUUU